GCCGCUGAGCCCCCGCGGGAGGGGUCCGCCCGCCGCCCCCAUGGGCCGCAGCUGAUCGCCCGGCGCGAGGGAGCCCCCCGCCCUUCCUCUCGCCCCCCCCGGCUUCGGCGGUCUGCGGCGGGCCCGGCGGGGGGAGGAUGCCCGGGGCGGGGAUGGGUUUUCGCCCGUAGCUCCCCUCGCCCCCCCCAUCCCCUCCCCUCCCCGUCCCUUCCCCCGCUUCCUUCCGCCGCCUCUCGCCGCCCGGCGCGGCCCCGUUCCCCGCGGGGGGGGCUGCGGCUCGGCUCCCUGCGGCCCCGCGCUGCCCAUGGGGGGCAAGCAGAGCACGGCCGCCCGCUCGCGGGGCCCUUUCCCGGGGGUGUCGACGGAUGACAGCGCCGUGCCGCCGCCGGGGGGGCCGCCCCCCUUCGGCCAUUACCGGGCGGGCGGCGGCGGCGCCAUGGGGCUGCGCAGCCGCUCCGUCAGCUCGGUGGCCGGCAUGGGCAUGGACCCCGCGGCCGCCGGCGCCGUUCCCUUCGGGCUGUACGGCCGCGCGGCGGGGGAGGCCGAGCGGGCCCCGGGCGGCGGAGGGCCGGGGACCGACUCCACGUACGCCCAUGGCAACGGUUUCCAGGAGACGGGAGGCGGUCACCAUAGAGACGGGAUGCUCUACCUGGGCGCCCGGGCCUCGCUGGCCGAUGCGCUGCCCCUGCACAUCGCGCCGCGCUGGUUCAGCUCGCACAGCGGUUUCAAGUGCCCCAUUUGCUCCAAAUCCGUGGCUUCUGACGAGAUGGAAAUGCACUUUAUCAUGUGUCUGAGCAAACCUCGCCUCUCCUACAACGAUGAUGUGCUGACCAAGGAUGCCGGCGAGUGUGUGAUCUGCCUGGAGGAGCUGCUGCAGGGGGACACGAUAGCCAGGCUGCCCUGCCUCUGCAUUUAUCACAAAAGCUGUAUAGAUUCCUGGUUUGAAGUGAACAGAUCUUGCCCAGAGCAUCCUUCUGAUUGACCUGCUGGGCGUGCUUGCUGACUUCUCUCUAAGGGCACCUUGCUACCUGCUGUACCUCCUCUCCCCGUCCCUCCCGCCCUGCCUGGACUUUUGGGCUGACGUUCAAUUCCUCACAGACGACGAAAACUCAAAAAAAAGAAACAACCAACCAGAAACUUGAACCCACUCGGGACAACGGCGAAUUUUUUAUUUUAUUAUUUUUAUUUUCCGUCUUUUUUUUUUUUUUAACUUAGAAAA